UUUGCGUGAGGCCGGGCCGGGUCGGGGCUUGAAGAGUACAUGCGUGGAUCGUCUUCUUCCUUUUUUCUCGCGUCUUUGCUAGCGGCGUCAUGGGUCACCAGCAGCUCUACUGGAGCCACCCUCGCAAAUUCGGCCAGGGGUCUCGGUCGUGCCGCGUGUGUUCGAACCGGCAUGGCCUGAUCCGCAAGUACGGCCUGAACAUGUGCCGCCAGUGCUUCCGUCAGUAUGCGAAAGACAUCGGCUUCAUCAAGUUGGACUAAAUUAUGUCUACGGAUCUCGCUGAUUAUGGGAUUACUUUGACCAUCAGUGACCACCGUUUUACUGGACUGUGUUCAGCUAUUUAGUCUAUCUACCUAAAGAUGGAUCCUGUUGUGUCUGCUAUGAUAAUUUGUUUAUAAUAAUAAACAGGUCAUUCUCAGUUAUGAUUAAAA